AUGUCAGCACCUGGGAAGUUUGAUUAUUCGUCUGGCGGGCCAGAUAGGACUUUAUACAGGUCCAACUUAGUUGCACAGAUGGAAAGAUCUAGUAGCUUUCGUGAGACGAUGGACCAUUCUGUCUCAACUUCUCAUCCGAGCAUGUUGAGAAGCACUUCACCAAUCGCACAAACGGAUGUAACAAAUUUCUUUCAGUGUUUGCGUUUUGAUCCUAAGGUAGUUGCCGCAGAUCAUAAGUCUAUUCGUCAAGGUGACUUUAAGCGUCAUGUGAAUAUUGCUCUUGGGAUUCAAGGAGAUGAAUCUCCAAGCACAACGCUGAAAGGGAAGCUAAUUCCAUCUCCUAUACCUGAGGAGAUCAAAAGGCUAAAGGCUGGUCUGCGCGAAAAUAAUGUGAAGGCCAGGGAGCGUGUGAAGAUUUUCAACGAAGCCUCCUCUGUAUUUAACAAGUUUUUUCCCACUGUACCUACAAAGAAAAGGUCUCGACCAGAAGGGUUUUCUAAUGACCGUUCUGGUGAUCGCUCCGCUUUAGGGCCAGGUGUAGGUAAAAUGGGAAUUCAAGGUCAGAGUCUGCCUGGUUGUUUUGAGUUUGACGAGCAGAAGUUGGACGAACGACCUAAAAGUGGUGCAUUAAAUAAGCGGACACGUACUUCCAUGAUGGAUGUUCGAAGUAAUGCUAUUGUUCGACAAUCAGCUGCUGUUGAUAGGGAUAAAGACACAAUGAGGCUGGCAAAUCAUAAUGCAGUUCAGGGUGAAGAUCGAUCUUCAGUUGGUAUUGAUGGUUGGGAAAAGUCGAAAAUGAAGAAAAAACGAUCUGGCAUAAAAACAGACGGUCCAUCUACUUUGGCUUCAAAUAAAGCUGUUGAUGGUUACAGGGACUUGAAGCAGGGCAUACCGAAAUCAGCUGGUGACAUCCGGUCGAGAUUGAAUGGUGACUCGAACAUGUUAAGGCAUGGGGCAGUGAAUGGUACUGUUCCAUAUGGAAGAUCCGAUAACCUCUCUCAGCAGACAGGUUUGGCAGGACGUUCCUUGCUCUCCAGGGAUUCUGAUCACAAUUUGUUGUACAAUGACAAGAGAGAACGAGCUACUGGUGAUAGGGAAAGGGUGAAUCUAAGGGCUGUCAACAAGUCAAAUAUUCACGAUGAAUCCAAUUCUUCAAGCCCGACUUCAACGCCAAAAAUAAAUGCUUCAGUUCGUGGUCCAAGAUCGGGAUCAGGGCUGCCUCCGAAACUUUCUCCGGUUGUUCAUAAUACUCCUUCUCCAAGUGAUUGGGAUAUUUCUGGUUGUACAAACAAACCUCCAGUGUUGUCUGGGGUUCCCAAUCGCAAGCGCAUGACAUCAAAUCGGUCUUCGUCACCACCUGUCACUCAAUGGGCCAGUCAAAGACCACAAAAGAUAUCCCGUGUUGCUAGGAGAACGAACUUGGUCCCCAUUGUUUCGAGCAAUGACGAUGUUCCUUCAUCAGAUAACAUGUCAGAUGUUGGUUGUAGCGAAACAGGGUUUGGAUUUCAUAGACGCUCACCAGCAGCUUCUCCUCAAAUGAAAUUAAAAGGUGAAAAUAGUUUGUCUACAACAGCUUUAUCAGGGAGUGAAGAAUUCAGCCCCCCUGAGAUCAAAUCUAAAGACAAGGGAAAACAAUCUGAUGAGGUUGAUGGGAAAUCUGCUCAGAAUGUUCCGAAAGUCUCCAUCUCUGGUUUACAAUCGAGAAAAAAUAAGCUCGUCUCUGGAGAAGAGCUUGGGGAUGGUGUGAGGAGGCAAGGAAGGACGGGUCGUGGCUUUGCUUCAACAAGGUCUGUCAACCCAAUGGGAGUAAUGAAACAUGGAACAGCUAAACAACUUCGCAGUGCAAGAAUUAGUUCUGACAAGAGUGAAAGCAGGGCAGGUCGUCCACCCACUAGGAAACUCUCCGACCGCAGGGCUUACAAACGUCAGAAAAGUACAGCAACAAAUGCUACAACACUAGAUUUUCUUGAUGAUGGGCGUGAAGAGCUACUAGCUGCUAUUAACUCGGCUAUAAACUUUGCUCAGAAUUUUCCUAGCUCUUUCUGGAAGCAAAUGGAGCGCUACUUUUGCUUUAUAUCUGAUGCACAUAUCAAUUUCGUGAAACAGCAGGGAGAUCUCUCCUCCAUGGAUACAACACCAGCCGGGACAUCUUCAGAUUUCAGUAAUCGUGAAAUAUUUCCGGAGGAACUUGCAACUAGCAGAGUGGAUUCUAAAGCUGCGCCCCUUUAUCAGAGAUUGCUAUCAGCUCUAAUAUCGGAGGACUCAAUGAGUGUAAAUGAAGAUUUACAAUUUGAUGGAUUUGGAGCUGAUGCUGAGUCAGAAUUCAGUGUUUUGAAUCAAAUGGUAGAGUUCAAUGGUUAUAGGAGUGAUAGACUGGAACUUGACGAGUUAGAAGAUGAUAUGUCUGUUAUUCCGUUAAAGGGUGUUAAUAACUCAGCCCACCAUGUCAAUGGAAGAUUUUCAGAUCAUUUAUCCAGCGACUUCUCUGAUGUUCAAUAUGAAACUUUGGGGAUCGAUGAGAAGAUUUAUUUGGAAGCUCAGUCUAUUGGAAUUUGCUUGGAACCCAUGCCUAGUAAUUCAAACGUGGAGGAUGAAGGAAUUGUUGACGACAUCAAAACGUUAGAGGAAGCUAUCUGUGAGGUGGGUUCCAAGAAGAAAGAGAUGUUGAAUCGUCUCCUAAAGCCUGCCCUAGAAAUGAAAGAGCUUCAGGAGAAGGAGUUUGAUCGGCUUGGUUAUGAAAAACUCAUUGAAAUGGCAUAUGAAAAGAGCAAGGCAAGUCGGCGUCAUCACUCCGCAAGUGGAAAGAGCUCUGCUAACAAGAUAUCAAAGCAGGCUGCAUUUGCUUUCGUGAAAAGGACGCUUGAAAGAUGUCGACAAUUUGAAGAGACGGGCAAAAGCUGCUUUAGCGAGUCCACAUUCAGGAAUAUCCUCAUUUCGGGGUUGAUACAGAUUCAAGAUACUCCCAUGGACAAAGACGAUAUUCUGUCAGCUUUAACGCCCAUGGGAUCACAAUCGAGCCCAUCACUGGCAUUGCGAAUGACGCAGAGCACAGAGAAUCAUGCCAAUUCUUCUGAAAAUGCUUUACGGGAAGGGAAAGAUGAAAUGAUGUGGUCAAACAGAAUGAAGAAGAGAGAGUUGCUGCUCGAUGAUGUGGGUGGGGCACCACUUUCGAGCAGUACAAAAGGAAAGAGAAGUGAGAGGGACAGAGAUGGAAAAGGACAGGCUUCUUCAUCAAGAGGUGGAGGAACUAACAAGAUUGGUCGGCCUGCGCUUUCCAAUGCAAAGGGUGAACGGAAAUCAAAAACAAAACCGAGGCAGAAAACAACUCCGAUGUUUUCUUCUUCUUCUGUCAGCACCUCAGAGCAAACCAGAGCACAAUCAUUGUCCAAACCAACUAACAGCAACAACAGCGAGUAUAGUAACUUGGAGACCCUGGACGAGUCAGAGCCUCUUGACCUAUCUCACCUGCAGAUACCAGACGGUUUAGGUGGGCCAGAUGAUUUCGAUACACAAGCAGGAGAUCUAAGCUCAUGGUUGAACAUCGAUGACGAUGCAUUACAAGAUAAUGACCUUGAUCUCCUUGGACUUCAAAUACCCAUGGACGAUCUUUCAGACUUAAACAUGAUGGUAUAA